UUCAUACAGACAGACAAGACCCUGUACACCCCAAACAGCAAAAUCCAUUAUAGGAUGUUUGCUGUGACACCUGGCAUGAAACCUGUUGAGAGGAAUGAUGACGGCCAACAUGAUGCUUCCAUUGCUAUUGAGAUUCAGACCCCUGAUGGCAUCAUUUUUCCACAUGACACGGUAUCUCUGAAAUCAGGGAUUCACUCAGGAGAUUACAAACUUCCUGAAAUUGCCAGUCCUGGGGUGUGGAAAGUGGUGGCCAAGUUCCAAAGCAACCCACAGCUGAGCUACUCUGCUGAGGUUGAGGUCAAAGAAUAUGUGCUGCCUAGUUUUGAAGUUAAACUAACUUCUCAGAGAGCCUUCUUCUAUGUGGACGCCCAAGAGCUCAUCGUCAACAUCAAAGCCACGUAUCUGUUUGGUGAAAAUGUGGAUGGGACUGCAUAUGUGGUAUUUGGGGUGGUGCAAGAGGAUCAGAAGAAAAGCUUUCCUGCCUCUCUUCAGAGAAUACCGGUCACAGAUGGGGUUGGAGAGGUCAAACUGCUGAGAGAGCACAUCACACAGACCUUCAGUAACAUCCAUGAACUAGUGGGGGGUUCAAUAUUUGUAGCUGUGAGUGUGCUGACAGAAACCGGCAGUGAAAUGGUGGAGGCAGAGCUGAGAGGUAUCCAAAUUGUCACAUCUCCUUACACCAUCCACUUCAAGAGGACGCCCAAAUAUUUUAAACCAGGAAUGUCCUUUGAUGUCACGCUCCAUGUUUUGAAUCCUGAUGAUACUCCAGCACGUGGCAUUCCAGUGGUGGUGGGUCCAGGUGAUGUGAAGGGCUUCACUGGAGCCAACGGCAUGGCCAAGCUUACAGUCAACACGAUAGCAGGAAAUCAAAACCUGGAUAUCAACGCAAUGACCAAUGAUCCAAACAUUGCAGAAGAUAAGCAGGCUUCAGCCAAGAUGACCGCCAAGCCAUAUACCACCAAUGGCCAAAACUACAUUCACAUAGGGGUGGACUCAUCUGAGCUGAACUUAGGAGACAACCUGAAAAUCAACCUCAACCUUAAGAACCAGGGUCAUCAUGACAUCACAUACCUGAUCUUGAGCAGAGGACAGCUGGUGAAAUUUGGCCAUCACAGGGCACUAGGACAAUCACUGAUAACUCUGAUUGAGCCCAUCACCAAGGAGAUGCUACCAUCAUUCCGCAUUGUAGCCUAUUACCAUGUGAAUGAAGAGGUGGUAUCAGACUCCAUUUGGGUGGAUGUCACAGACUCCUGCAUGGGCUCGCUGAAGCUGGAAUCAACCAGAGCUGUUCCGUCCUUUGAGCCUCGGAAAUUGUUUGGUCUGAAGAUCACAGGAGACCCAGGUGCCACAGUGGGACUGGUGGCGGUUGACAAAGGCGUCUACGUCCUCAACAACAAGCAUCGCCUCACUCAGAAAAAGGUAUGGGACAUAGUGGAGCAGUAUGACACAGGUUGCACACCAGGUGGAGGGCAGAACAGCAUGGCUGUGUUUUAUGAUGCCGGGCUGAUAUUUAAGAGCAGCAUGGCCUCAGGGACUGCCGACAGACUAGAACUGAAGUGUCCAGCUGUUAGCAGGAGAAGACGAGCCACCACUAUUCUGGAUGUCAGAACCACCCUAGCGAGUCACUUCGAAGAGAAGCUGCAACGUCAGUGCUGUGUGGAUGGCAUGAGGGACACCCCACUAUCAUACAACUGUGAGCGUCGCAGCGAGUACAUCACGGAUGGCGCAGCCUGCGUUGAGGCGUUCUUACACUGCUGCCAGGAGCUGGCCAGGGAGCGAGCUGAAAUGAAACAUGACAGUCUCAUGCUGGCUCGAAGUGAGGAAAAUGAUAGAAGUUACAUGGACAGCAGUGAGAUUGUUUCUCGUACUAAGUUUCCUGAGAGCUGGCUGUGGUCGGAUGUCAUACUGCCAAACUGCCCUAAGCUUCCCUGUUUCAGUGAAACCACAUCAGUAGUGAAAAACAUCCCUCUGCAAGACUCAAUCACAACCUGGCAAUUCACUGGCAUCAGCCUGUCUAGCACUAACGGUAUCUGUGUGGCCGAUCCAUUAGAGGUAAUCGUUCGGAAGCAGUUCUUCAUUGAUCUCAGGCUGCCAUACUCAGCUGUCCGUGGAGAGCAACUGGAAGUUAAGGCAAUCCUACACAACUACAGCCCUGAUCUUGCCACUGUACGUGUUGAUCUGAUUGAGGAAGAGCAUGUGUGCAGUUCAGCCUCGAAGCGUGGAAAGUUUCGUCAAGAGGUCAAAGUUGGACCUGACUCUACACGGGCGGUGCCCUUUAUUAUUAUUCCCAUGAAGGAGGGGAGAUUCCGUAUUGAGGUCAAAGCAGCUGUCAAGGACUCAUCUCUCAACGAUGGAAUCAUGAAGAUGCUGCUAGUGGUGCCUGAAGGAGUUCUGACAAAAUCUCCAAAGAAUGUAACCUUAAACCCCAGCGAACACGGUGGUAGACAAGAGGAAACUAUCAACAGUGCAAUUCCUAAAAAAGAUCUUGUCCCAAACACACCUACCAGCACAGAGAUCUCUGUGAAUGGAGGAGCACAGAUGGGCACGAUGGUGGAGAGUGCGGUCAGUGGGAACUCUAUGGGCAGUCUUAUCUACCAGCCCUCAGGCUGUGGAGAGCAGAACAUGAUCCACAUGACCUUACCUGUCAUUGCUGCCACAUAUUUGGACAAAACCAAGCAGUGGGAAACUGUGGGCUUUGAUAAACGUGAUGAAGCCCUUCGACACAUCAAGACAGGUUACCAGAAUGAGCUUAACUACCGUAAGGAUGAUGGGUCUUUUGGUGUGUGGAAACAUGUAAAAAGCAGCACUUGGCUGACAGCCUAUGUAGCCAAGGUGUUUGCCAUGGCCAAUAAUCUGGUUGCAGUGCAAAACAAUGUUCUCUGUGAUGCCAUCAAGUGGCUGAUUCUCAAAAGACAACAGCCUGAUGGUGUUUUUAAUGAAGAAGGACCGAUAUACCAUGGGGAGAUGAUUGGAGAUGUGCGUGGCAAAGAUUCAGAUGCCUCUAUGACUGCCUUCACACUCAUAGCUAUGCAAGAGUCACGCACUCUAUGUGCUGCCACCGUUAAUAGUCUUCCUGGCAGUAUAGACAAAGCAGUUGGUUACCUGGAAAGGCGUCUGCCCCACCUCACCAACCCCUAUGCAGUUGCCAUGACAUCCUAUGCCCUGGCCAAUGAAAACAAACUAAACCGGGAGAUCCUCGACCGCUUUGCAACCUCAGGCUACUCUCACUGGCCUGUGCCUGGAGGACACCUUUUCACACUGGAGGCCACAGCUUAUGCUCUUCUGGCCUUGGUCAAGGUCAAGGCUUUUGAUGAAGCCAGACCUAUUGUCAGAUGGUUCAACAUACAGAAGAAAGUGGGCGGCGGCUAUGGAUCCACUCAGGCUACCAUAAUUGUGUACCAGGCAAUAUCUGAGUAUUGGAGUAAUGCUAAAGAGAUGGAGUAUGAUCUGCAUAUUGACAUCUUAUCACAAGGCAGGGCCAAACCUGACCGUUACCAUAUUAACAAGGAAAACUCCUAUACUACUAGAACGUCCAAGGUCAAUGAAAUAAACCAGAAUGUGAUAGUGACUGCCACAGGAACAGGAGAAGCAACACUGACACUGGUGUCGCUGUAUUAUGCUCUGCCUAAAGAAAAGGAGAGUGACUGUCAGAGGUUUAACCUCUCUGUUCAGAUGCUCCCAGAGAAAAUGGAUGAAAAUGAGAAGAUAUACAAGCUUAAAAUAGAGAUUUUGUAUAUGGAUAAAGACAGAGAUGCAACCAUGUCAAUCUUGGAUAUUGGCUUGCUAACCGGCUUCACUGUUAAUACAGAUGACCUGGACUUAUUAUCCAAAGGUCGUGACCGCACUAUUUCAAAGUAUGAGAUGAACACAGUCCUAUCAGAAAGAGGCUCACUCAUCAUCUACUUGGACAAGGUGUCCCACAAACGGCCAGAUGAGAUUGCUUUUAGGAUCACCCAGACAAUGAAAGUGGGCGUCUUACAACCAGCAGCCGUGUCUGUCUAUGAGUACUACGACCAGAGACCAUGUGUGAAAUUCUACCACCCAGAGAGGAGAGGUGGGCAGCUGCUUCAACUCUGUCAAAAGGACGAAUGCACAUGUGCUGAAGAGAAUUGCAGCAUGCAGAAGAAGGGCAAAAUUGACAAUCAAGAGCGUACUGCUAAGGCUUGUGAGACUGAACAGGACAGCAAAAUAGAUUACGUGUACAAAGUGAGACUGGAAAAAUUUGAAGCUGAUAUAGCCACUGACAUUUACAAGAUGCGGAUAGAGGAGGUCAUCAAGGAAGGAAGUUAUGAUGUGGGUGCACAGGGGGGCCUGCGUGAGUUCCUAAGUUAUCAGCACUGUAGGGAGUCUUUAAAUCUGAAGGAAGACAAAACCUACCUUAUCAUGGGCACGUCCAGAGAUAUGUAUAGAGAUGACGAGACUGGAGGGUAUCGGUAUAUCCUAGGUGAGAGGAUGUGGAUUGAGCUUUGGCCCUCAGAGGCAGAGUGUCAGACUGACGAGCACCGACCAGUGUGUUUGGGCAUGGAGGAGCUGGUCCAGCAGUACACACUCUUUGGAUGUCAGCAGUAGUGUACUCAAAGAACAUGUUUGUUUGUUUGUUUGUUUUUCAUGCAAAUGUCAAAAUUAUUAUGCUGUAGGAAAUGUCAUGUGUGGUAAUGAUCAGAUGGUGCACAAAAGUCAUAAUGAUAACAUUUUUUUAUUAGAGUACAUCUUUAACAAAUGGUCUAUGUCUCAUGUACAGUGUAUACAACAUUGGUAUAUGAAAACACUAUUUGAAAUCUGAAGCUUU